AUGAGAGGCCGAAGAGGCCAUGCAAGCUCGGCAACUGCUCCCGUAUUGAGAUCGGUUGCUCCGGGUCGCUCCUGCGUGGCGUGUCGACGGCGCAAGAUUCGGUGCGACCGAAAGCAGCCAUGCAGUUACUGUACCCGGCUGAAGACUGGCUGUUCUUAUCCUGGGGAGAGCGAGGAAGAUUCGAUUAGCCCUCGCCGGCCGCAGUACGACCAAGACGAUCUUGUUGCUCGGCUGGAACAGGUCGAGAAGUCGUUGCGUCUUCUCAGAGAGCAACAACGUGAUGACGACGACCGCGGUGGUCGAAGCCUGGGCUCUGAAAGCCUUCAACAGCUCGGGACGACAUUGGGAGAAAUGCCGGCAGGACCAGAUCUGGCAAUGCAGCCCGUGUCUUGUGGUAGGCUUGUAGGAACUCGAGACAGCUCGCGGUAUGUUGAUGGCAGCCUCUGGACGACACUUGAGGCGGCGCUGGCCUCACAUGAGUCAUUCGACGAUACUCCAAUGGAAUCAGAAGCUGCUGCAUCUCCGCGAAGACCGCACCGACAGUCAUCAUGGCCACUUCUCGAGGAAAACCAACCAAUGUACGAUCUGUCCCUCAUUCGCCCGCGAACCGACAGGGUUUUCCCUCUUUGGCAAGUCUAUCUCGAGAACGUCGAUCCGGUACUCAAACUCCUGCACGUACCAACAACCCAGCGUCGGUUAAUGCAGGCUAGCCAGACGUCUCAAGGGUUUCCAGCUUCGUUCGAAGCGCUGACCUUUGCAAUCUAUCACGCAGUCGUCACCAGCAUGCAAACCUCCGUAUUGGGGAGUAUAGUGGCAGCUGAUGAGCGCCACGACUUGCUGCGGAAGUACGAUAUCGGUAUUGAGCGGGCUCUGGCAAAUGCUGACUUCAUGAAAACGCCAGAUAUGUUCUGCUUACAAGCCCUCACUCUGUAUCUCUCAUGUGCACGCCUGCGCCGAGACCGGGACUGGAUCUGGACGAUGACGGGUGUACUUGUGCGGCUGGCUAUGAAACUCGGACUCCAUCGUGACCCGGAGGUGCUGAAACUAUCACCGUUUGACUGCGAGAUGAGAAGACGUCUGUGGUGGCAGAUCGUUGUUCUGGACGUUUUGACGGCACAAGACAAUGACACGGACCCUUCGAUGCUUGAGCACAGCUUUGAUACCCAAUUUCCUACGAAUGUCGAUGAUCAAGCACUCGACAUAAGCAUGAGUACUCCAGCCACCAAUAGUUCAAAACGCACAGAUAUGGCUUUCACUCUACGCAGAAUACAACUCGUCCAAGUGGCGCGCAAAGUCUUGUUCUCGAACCAUUUCUCGAAGAGUAACGGAUAUCCCAUCUUGUCUCGGGAUGAGAAGCUGCAGCACAUCAACGAUCUCAACGCAAGUCUGAAGCAGGCAGACGACGCCUCCCUUGACAUCAAUGUACCCAUUUGCUUCAUGGUCAAAGACUAUACGGCGACAGAGCUAUCAAGAAUGUACGUCGUGAUUAGCCUCAUACACGGCGAAGCCCCGUCGACGACAACCGUGCAGCGUGGUCUGGUCGCCAGGAGCCAGGAAGUUCUCGAACGAGUGAUGGCCUUGAGAAACAGCGAUCAGUAUCGAAGAUGGGUAUGGCUGACCCUGAAAGAUCUUGGGUGGGGUAUGGCUGCUUCACUACUGCACGUGCUGCGUAGUUUGCCCAAGAAUCAUCAGAAUGAGAGUUCGUGGCAGACUGCUGAGCAGUUUUUCGCCCUGUGCAAUGGCUACCAAGAUGGAAAAGAACCAGACAGCAGGUGGACACUUCUCGAGCGGCUACGUCGUUCAGCCGAAGCGAACAGAGCCGGCAUGGAGGGUUCGGACCCAGAAGCUGCUACCUAA